GCAGAGAAGCUAUGGGUUAGUGCAGGUUAUUGCCAGUUAGUACUAUUAUCUAUGGUUAGUACGCCGUAGCAAUCAGUGUAAGUCAGCAUAUUUAGCUCAUUCAAUAUCAGGAUGGCUGCAGUUUUAAUAGCCGAUUACCCAGAGCCCGGAUUUUCAUUUGAAAAUUGUAAAAGAAAUGCAAGUUUCGUUGCAAAUGGUUUUGUUCCACCAAAAGCUACUAAGACAGGUACUACAAUUGUUGGUAUAACUUACAAAGAUGGUGUAAUUUUGGGAGCUGAUACACGUGCUACAGAGGAUACCACUGUUUCUGAUAAAAAUUGUCAGAAAAUUCAUUAUUUAGCAUCGAAUAUUUAUUGCUGUGGUGCAGGUACAGCUGCUGAUACUGAAAUGACCACCCAAAUGAUUUCAUCUCAACUUGAAUUGCAUAGAUUAAAUACAAAUCGUGUUGUACGAGUUGCAACAGCAAAUCAAAUGUUAAAACAGUAUUUAUUUCGUUAUCAGGGUUACAUUGGUGCAGCUCUUGUUUUAGGAGGGGUAGAUAGUACUGGACCUAAUUUGUACUGCAUUUAUCCUCAUGGUUCAUCUGAUAAAGUGCCAUAUACAACUAUGGGAUCAGGUUCUCUUGCUGCAAUGGCUGUUUUUGAAUCAUAUUGGAGACCCAACAUGAAUGAAGAUGAGGGAAAGAAGCUCGUCAGAGAUGCCAUUGCGGCAGGUAUUUUUAAUGAUCUUGGUUCUGGCUCUAAUGUGGAUCUUUGCAUUAUCAAGAAAGGCACAGCAGAGUACUUAAGAACUUAUGACGAAGCAAACAAAAAAGGAGUGCGUCAGGCAUCAUAUCGUUAUCCUAAGGGAACUACACCUAUUCUUACUACAAAAACUUCAAAUAUUGAUGUGCAUGAUGUAUCAAUUACCUAUGUAGAGCCUAUGGAUAUGAGUUAGAAAUAAUACACGAGAAGUUUUAAUUACA